CACUGGACAAGAAUCACUUGGCUCUGAUGAUGCCUGCAGGAUUCUCUUUCAUGGCCUUGAUUGGACUUGCCUGGUGCUCUUGGGUCUGGCUGCCAUCGGCCUUCUCCUUACAGGGCUUUCUUCUGUUUAUAGAGCCCCAGAGAAUGCAGGGGACAAGGCCUAGCCAAGGGGGGUUUCUAGGAAAACGGAGAAAGUGGCUGUAUGUUGGGCCCAAAGGAGCUCCAGGACCUUCUCGAGGAGGCCAGUAUAAAAGGGUGGGUCCCUAGGCUGACCCCCCGACAUGUGGUCAUCUGUCACCAGGGUGACUCUGGGGGGCCCCUGGUCUGUGAGGAAGGCGGCCGCUGGUUCCAGGCAGGAAUCACCAGCUUUGGAUUCGGCUGUGGACGGAGAAACCGCCCUGGAGUUUUCACUGCCGUGGCAUCCUAUGAGGCAUGGAUACGGGAACAGGUUAUGGGUUCAGAGCCUGGACCUGCCUUUCCCAUCCAGCCCCAGAAGCCCCAGUCAGAUCCCCAGGAGCUCAGUGAGGGGAACUGCACCAUUGCCCUGCCUGAGUGCGGGAAGGCCCCACGGCCAGGGGCCUGGCCCUGGGAGGCCCGGGUGAUGGUGCCAGGAUCCAGACCCUGCUAUGGAGCGCUGGUGUCUGAAAGUUGGGUCUUGGCACCUGCCAGCUGCUUUCUAGACCGAAGCAGCUCGGACGGCCCGCCCCGCGACCUCGACACCUGGCGAGUGCUGCUGCCCUCGCGCCCGCGCGCAGAGCGGGUGGCGCGCCUGGUGCCCCACGAGAACGCCACGUGGGACGACGCCUCCGACCUGGCGCUGCUGCAGCUGGGCGCGCCAGUGAAUCUGAGCGUGCCCCCGCGGCCCGUGUGCCUACCCUACCCGGAACACUACUUCCUGCCCGGGAGCCGCUGCCGCCUGGCCCGCUGGGGUCGCGGGGAACCCGCGCCUGGCCCAGGUGCGCUGCUGGAGGCGGAGUUGUUAGGCGGGUGGUGGUGCCACUGCCUGUACGGCCGCCAGGGGGCGGCAGUGCCGCUGCCGGGAGACCCGCCGCACGCGCUAUGCCCCGCCUACCGGGAGGAGGAGGAAGCGGGCCGCUGCUGGAAUGACUCGUGUUGGAGCUUUUUGUGCCAGGAGGAGGGGACCUGGUUUCUGGCUGGCAUCAGAGACUUCCCCAGUGGCUGUCUACGUCCCCGAGCCUUCUUCCCUCUGCAGACCCAUGGCCCAUGGAUCAGCCAUGUGACUCGGGGAGCCUACCUGGAAGACCAGCUAACCUGGGAUUGGGGCCCUGAUGGGAAAGAGACUGAGACACAGACUUGUCCCCCUCACACAGAGUAUGGUGCCUGUGGCCUGCGGCCGGAGGAUGCUCCAAUGGGGGUCCUGUGGCCCUGGCUAGCAGAGGUGCAUGUGGCUGGCGCUCGAGUCUGCACUGGGAUUCUCCUGGCUCCAGGCUGGGUCCUGGUAGCCACUCACUGUGUCCUCAGGCCAGGCUCUACAACGGUGCCUUACAUUGAAGUGUAUCUGGGCCGGGCAGGGGACAGCCCCCUCCCACAGGUCUACCAGGUAUCCCGCUUGGUCAUCAGCAUCCGGCUGCCCCGGCACCUGGGACUCAGGCCCCCCCUGGCCCUCCUUGAGCUGAGCUACCGGGUGGAGCCCUCCCCAUCAACCCUCCCCAUCUGUCUCCACCCGGCUGGUGUCCCCCCAGGAGCCAGCUGCUGGGUGUUGGGCUGGAAAGACGCCCGGGACCGAGUCCCUGUGGCUGCCGCUGUCUCCAUCUUGACACCACGAAUCUGCCACUGCCUCUAUCAGGGCAUCCUGCCCCCUGGAACCCUCUGUGUCCUGUAUGCAGAGGGACAGGAGGACAGGUGUGAGAUGAGCUCAGCACCGCCCCUCCUGUGCCAGACGACGGAAGGCUCCUGGGUCCUCGUGGGCAUGGCUGUUCAAGGAAGCCGGGAGCUGUUUGCCGCCAUUGGCAAUGAAAAGGCCUGGAUCUCCCAGACGGUGGGAGAGGCCUACUUCCUGCCCCCCAGUGGCUCCCCACACUGGCCCACUGGAGGCAGCAACCUCUGCCCCUCAGAACUGGCCAGGGCCUCGGGCUCCCCGCACGGGGUCCACUUCCUGCUGCUGCUGACUCUCCUGAUCCAGAGCUGAGGAGCUGGGGUUCCAGUGCCAUUUCCCCCUUCUCCGCCCUCUACUUCCCGCCCAGUGGGGCUGGAAUGUGGCCCAGCCGGCUGGCACCUCGAGGGCCCCACCCACCGAGAUUGCAGCGGCUCUGGCUAAUUGGGCCUCAGUGCCUGGGCUAUUUUGAGCCCAGGAAUCCUUGGGGGUGGUGGGAGGAGUGGACAAUAAAGGUGUAAACACAGGCA